AUGUCUACAAUCCUGAAGUUCCGAUGGUAUGACUUUACGGCAGCAACAGAAGAGGGCGAGUUCUCCGACCUGACGAUGGUCUCCAAGUUCCUGAACAGCGAAGAAGCCAAAUGUGGAGCCUUCGCGACCUCAGAAGAGAAGAGCGGGUUCAGAAGAACUCAUCGACAAACGACGAAUUCUACGAGGGAAAAGGACUUUAAAGAAAAAGAUACAAGACAGUCAACAGAAAAGACUUGUCCUAUGUGCCAAGGUGGACACUUCCUCGUUGACCGCCAGAAGUUCCAGAAGACGUCAGUGCAAGAUCGAUGGGUAACAGUAAAGAAAAGUCACGUUUGCUUCAAAUGUCUUCAAGGAAAACAUCGAAAGGAGAGCUGCAAGAAACCACCAUAUAAGGAAUGCAAGAUGUGGCAUCAUCAUUUGCUGCACGUAGAAUCAGAAAACAUGACCUCGGGAGAGAAGAAGACGGAAACACAAAAAUAA